CGCCCCUUGCAUAAUCCAGGCAAGGUCGUAGCUAGCUAGCAUUGCAAGGAGCCUACCUCGCUUAAAAGAUGAUGUCCCUUGCCGCUCGUUCGGGGGCAUUUUCCCCAUACUUGCAGGCAACGAACUAUGCAGUUGCUGGACCACUCAAAGCACUUAUUCCAGGGGUGAUUGUAAAGGGAGAGAAAGUGUUGGUAGACACGAAGAAACCUUUCCUAACCCGCGAGUCCCUGAACGGUCAGAGCCCCAAGACCGGGCCGGCAUUAUCAGUUAGCAUAAAUGCAAAAGCUGCAGUCCGCUUCGCUCACACUGACAUCAAGGUGCCAGAUUUCUCUGAUUACCGUCGGCCUGAGUUGCUUGACCCCAAUAAAUCUUCUCAGGAGAGCAGCGAGUCCAGGAAAACCUUCUCCUACCUUGUCACCGGGGCCACAGCCGUGGUGGGUGUCUACACAGCCAAGACCGUGGCCACACAGUUUAUCUCUUCCAUGAGUGCCUCAGCUGACGUCCUGGCCAUGUCCAAGAUCGAGGUCAAGCUGGGAGAGAUCCCAGAGGGCAAGAAUAUGACCUUCAAGUGGAGGGGCAAGCCUCUGUUCAUCCGCCACCGGACUGAGAAAGAGAUCGCCACUGAGGAAGCUGUGGAUAUGGCUGUGCUUCGUGACCCCCAGCACGACAAGGACCGCGUCGCCAAACCAAAAUGGAUCAUUGUCAUCGGCGUGUGCACCCACCUGGGCUGUGUACCCAUCGCCAAUGCUGGUGACUAUGGCGGAUACUACUGCCCCUGCCAUGGCUCUCACUACGAUGCCUCUGGCCGCAUCAGGAAAGGCCCAGCCCCACUCAACCUGGAGGUGCCUUACUAUGAGUUCCCAGAUGAGGACACUGUAAUUGUAGGCUAAAUUGCUGGACUGAGAUCACAGAUCAGUAUGUUCGGUAUGUUUCUGUCUGACUCAUUAUUCCAUCCAUUAGCAGGCAUAAACUCUGUUUCAGGGUGGUAUAUUGUAAGUAAUAAAUGUACAUUUUAUCUGAUUGAAAACCUCAUGUUAUUUAUUUCCCAAUCUCAGCUACAUCUAAUUAAUACUGUACCAAAAUACGACCUGGGUUGUAAAAUGAAUGAUGGGGUUUAUUUCGCCUUAGCGUGGAAUAGCAUACUAAUAGUAGUGAUGUUUUAAUAGUGCAGGUACAAGAGGAUUGACCCCAAAAAACAUACACCUGCUUACAGACAGUUACCUACAAUUGUGUCCGAAGGUGAUUCUCAAGGGUCAAUGUCAUGAAUGAUGCCUUUAUGUUCCAUUUCAGAGAGCUACAGGAAAGGUUUUGUCUCAGAUUUUGUUGGGACGAUUUAGAGUGCUUAGGUAAAGUUGUUUAAUGGUAAUAUUGCGAGGGGUUGUAUGUUUUCUUCCUAUCGAUAUCCCUGUUUUUGUUUCGGUCGCCGUCACAUAGAUUAACGUUACACAUUCUAUGCGAGAAAGAAAAGCGGUCAGCAGGGGCUGACACAGGCAUUAAAUCAAUGCUAAAGCAACAGAACAGUCACAUUUUUCUAUUUGAUGAGCUAUCUGCCUACAGAGUUAUGUAAAAAUGUAUACUCAUGUUUAGCUAAUAAAUGUUUCACAGAAAAUCA